GGCCCGGAGGCGCCGGGAAGCCCGAGAGAGGCGGCUGCGGCCGGUCCCGGACUCGUGCUCGGGCCGCCCAGAACUCGGCGCUGGGCCGCGGCGAGUCAGCGGCGAGCAGGGCCUGAGCGCGCGCGGGCCCUGGGGAGCCGGGCCGGGUCCACGCUGCAGGAUGGAUCCCGCCCGCUCGGAGGUCCGACUUGCUGUCCAGGAGGCCGUGCACACCCUUUCGUCAUCCGAGGAUGGUGGCCACAUCUUCUCCACCCUGGGGACCCUGAAGCGGUACCUCGGUGACACGGAGAGCCCAGCCCACCCCAAGGAGAAGGAGGAGUUUGCCACGGUGCACUUCUCCGCUGUUCUCAGAUGUCUGGCCGGAGUCCUGAGCCCGAGCUGGCUGGAGUUGUUGCCCGACGGGCGGCUGGAGGAGCUGUGGGCCAGCUUCUUCCUGGAGGGCCCCGCUGACCAAGCCUUCCUGGUGCUGAUGGAGUCCAUCGAGGGCACUGCAGGCCCCAGCUUCCGCCUGAUGAGGACGGCGCAGCUGCUGGCCUCAUUCCUGAGGACGGGCAGGAUGGCGGCCCUGAUGGAGGCGCAGUGUCGGCAGCAGGCGCCGCCCGGCUUCCCCCUGCUCCGGGAGACGCUGCUCGGCAGGGUGGUGGGCUUGCCCGAUCGCCUGGGCAACCGCCUGCAGCGGGAGAACCUGGCCGAGUUCCUCCCUCAGAACUACUUCCCUCUGCUCGGCAAGGAGGCCGUCCGGGUGCUGCAGGCCGUCGUGGACUCUCUCCGAGGUGGCCUGGACUGCUCGGUCUCCUUUGUGUCCCAAGUCCUGGGGAAGGUCUGUGUCCACGGGAGACAGCAGGAGAUGCUGGGCGUGCUGGUGCCCGGGCUGACCGCGCUCACCGAGGGCAGCUGCCUCUGGCAGCGGGUCUGCUGGCGCCUGGUGGAGCAAGUGCCGGACCGGGCCGCGGAGGCCGUGCUGACGGGGCUCGUGGAGGCCGCUCCAGGGCCUGAAGUCCUGUCUCGGCUGCUGGGGAACCUGGUGGUAAAGAACAAGAAAGCCCAGUUUGUGAUGACCCGGAAGCUUCUGUUCCUGCAGUACCGACUCACGACGCCCGCGCUGCAGAGCCUGCUGGGGUACCUGGCCAUGGACAGCCAACGGCGCCCGCUCCUCGUGCAGGUGCUGAAGGAGCUGCUGGACACGUGGGGCAGCAGCAGCGCCGUCCGCCACACGCCGCUGCCGCAGCAGCGCUACGUCAGCAAGGCCGCGCUCAUCUGCCUGGCGCUCCUGGGGGACGCGGAGCUGCGGGACAGCCGGGACGAACUGCUGGCCAGCAUGAUGGCGGGUGUGCAGUGCCGCCUGGACAGCAGCCUGCCCACCGUGCGCCGCCUGGGCAUGGUCGUGGCCGAGCUUGUCAGCGCCCGCCUCCACCCUGAGGGGCCUCCCCUGAGGUUCCAGUGUGAAGAGGACGAGCUGAGCCUGGAGAUGCGGGCCUUGGCCACCCCCCGGCCGGCGGGCGACGGCGUCUUGGAGGCGGGAAGCCCGUCCCUGGCUGCAGCCCCCGCGGAGACCCCCGCAGAGACCCCCGCAGAGGCCCCCGCAGAGGCCGUGGACAGCGGUGUCCCCCAGGCACGGCUGGAGGGCUCUGACUCAGAGCUGGACAGUGACGAUGAGUUUGUCCCCUAUGACAUGUCGGGGGACACAGAGCUCAAGAGCGGCAAGGCGCCCCUGUACGUCCGGGACUGUGUGGAAGCCCUGACCACGUCCGAGGACGGGGAGCGCUGGGAGGCAGCCCUGCGGGCGCUGGAGGGCCUGAUCUGCAAGAGUCCCGAGGCCACCCGGGAGGUGAGCGUGGAGCUGGCCAAGGUGCUGCUGCACUUGGAGGAGAGGACCUGUGUGGCGGGAUUUGAGGGCCUACGGCAGAGAGCCCUGGUGGCUGUCACGGUCACGGACCCGGCCAGGGUAGCCGAGUAUCUGACCUCACAGUUCUACGCCCUCAACUACAGCCUCCGGCAGCGCAUGGACAUCCUGGACGUCCUGACCCUGGCUGCCCAGGAGCUGUCCCGGCCUGGCCGCCUCAGCAGGGCUCCGCAGCAUGGCCGCCCUAGUCCUGGCACCUGUGGCUCGCUGCCACUGGCCGCCUCCCAGCCUGGCAGCACUGCGGCUCCCAACUGGCGGGUGGCAGUGGAGGAGCGGAUCAGGAGCAAGACCCGGCGGUUCUCCAAGGUUAGCCUCGAGGGCACGGGCACUGUGGGCAGCCAGUUGCCUCCAGGUACUGUCUGCGAGCAGGGGGCAGGUGGUGGGCGGGGCCAGCACUGGUGCCACAUGGGGUCAGGGUGUCAAGUGCAGGAGAGGCUCUGCGAAGCUUCCCAGGGUCUCCCUGGGUUGUGGGGAGCCCGCCCGAGGUGCCCAUGCUGCACCAUUUGCUCACUUCUGUGUUGCAGGCCUCUGGUGACCUUCGACCUUUUGGGAGAUGACCAGUUGGUUCUUGGGAGAUUGACUCACACCUUAGGGGCCAUGAUGUACCUGGCCGUUAAUACCACGGUGGCUAUGCCCAUGGGCAAGGCCCUGCUGGAGUUCGUGUGGGCCCUUCGCUUCCACGGCGACACCUACGUGCGCCGGGGCCUGCUGUCUGCCGUGUCCUCCGUCCUGCUCAGCGUACCCGCCCGGCGGCUGCUGGAGGACCUGCCGGACGAGCUGCUGGAGGCCAGGUCCUGGCUGGCAGAUGUGGCGGAGAAGGACCCGGAUGAGGACUGCAGGGUGCUGGCGGUGAAGGCUCUGCUGCUUCUGGAGAGACUCAAGGACAAGCUCCUCCCACCCUCGCCUUAGUCCUCCGCCCCUCCCCAGCACAGGAGGCCCGGGGAGCCAGGCAGGCUGGGGCCGAGCAGGAGGCCUGAGGAGCGGAGCGGAGGAGCACCCAGGCACACGUCUGGGCUUCGUAGCGCGGCUGGGUCUGGAGCGGCGUCCGGUCCCGAGCGUGCAGAUGCAGAAAGGCCUGCUGCCCUGCUGCACCCCUGCUGCUAUUUUUAGCCCAGCAAGUCUGAGUGUUGGGCUAAAAAUACACAAGGGCCUGGGUACUGCCUGUCACAGCACACAGCAACCUGAACGAGGGCUGGGGCUGGUGGCGUUGGCAGGGAGAGCUGGCCCCUCCAGUGAGGGCAGAAUGGGGAGCAGCAGGGGAGGAUGACAGGAGCUGCUGCGUAGGGCCCAGCACUCCCACGGAGCCAGCAGGCAGGCACAGCCCUGUGCUUCUCACGUCGUCGUGUCCUCAGAACAGUAAAAAGAACUGCAGGUCCCCA